UAACAAUUCAACGUUAUCUAUAUGUAACAAAACGUUGUAUAUGUACACAAAAAAAAUUUUUUGUUCAAUUAUGUUUAAUUAUUAUUUUUAUUUGUUUAUGUGAAUCACAUUUUUUAUUUUAUUAUGAAUAUACAUUAUCAGAUACAAGACCAAAAUAUCAAAAUAAAAUGGAAUGUACUGUUAAUAAAGAACGUUAUUCAAUAUAUUAUAAAUUUCGUAGUAAAUAUUAUGGUAAAAUAUCACUCUUUUUCUAUACAUUAUUACCAUUUAUACUUAUGAUUAUAUUUAAUGGAUUAUUAUUAAAAAAAAUUCAUCAAAAAUUAAUUCAUUCACGUAAUAAACAAAAAAAAUCAUCUAAAAAACGUCUUAUUACUCGUAUGUUAUUAACUGUUAGUCUCGUUUUUAUUCUAUUAACAUCACCAGCUAGUAUUUAUCUUGCUUUAGCACCAACAGAAUAUCAAUUAUCACCAUAUUAUUAUUUACAAUGGGCACUUUUAAGAUUAUUAUUCUAUUUAUGUCAUUCAAUUAAUUUUUUAUUAUAUUGUGUUAGUGGUUCAAUAUUUCGUAAUGCAUUUAUAGAAAUAGUAUUAUGUCAAAAUAAACAUCAAUUAAGAAGACAAAGUCAAUCUUAUUUAUCAGUUUUUCAUUCAAAUAGAGAAUCUAAAAUACCAUUAGAAACAUCUGAUUAUUUAAGAAGAUCAAGAUCAAAAUCAGGACAAAAAUUAUCAAUUUCUCCAUUAUCUAUUACACAUGAACAAUUGACAAUGAUGUCUUUUUAA